GCUUUCCGUAGUUCUGACUGGUCAGCAGGCAGCAUGGAGGCAGUGGGAGAUUAGUGGUGUGGUGUUUACAGUCAGAGAUAGAGAUAUGAAUACAGUUACAGAGAUAUUUCUGUGAUUUCUCUCACUGUACUGUAAUAUAAAUACUGUAAUAUAUUCUGUAAUAGUGGAGAACUGCGUUAUUCAGAAGUUAUAAAGCUGUUUAUAGUAACUUAGUUAAUAAUGCCGCGCUACGCUCAGCUGGUGAUGGGACCCGCCGGCAGCGGAAAGAGCACCUACUGCUCCACUAUGAUACAACAUGCUGAAGCCAUCAGCCGCUCUGUGCAGGUGGUGAAUCUGGACCCGGCAGCAGAACACUUCGACUACCCAGUGAUGGCAGAUAUCCGAGAGCUGAUCCAGGUGGAUGAUGUGAUGGAGGACGAUUCGCUGAAGUUUGGGCCGAAUGGAGGACUUGUGUUCUGUAUGGAGUAUUUUGCGAAUAACUUCAACUGGCUGGAGGAGUGUCUUGGUCAUGUUGAGGAUGACUACAUUCUUUUUGACUGUCCAGGUCAGAUAGAGCUGUACACACACCUCCCGGUUAUGAAGCAGUUGGCUGAGCAGCUGCAGCAGUGGGAGUUCCGGGUGUGUGGGGUCUUCCUGGUCGACUCUCAGUUUAUGGUGGAAAGCUUCAAGUUUAUUUCAGGUGUAAUGGCGGCUCUGAGUGCCAUGGUGGCGCUAGAAAUCCCUCAGGUCAACAUCAUGACCAAAAUGGACCUGCUCAAUCCAAAAGCCAAGAAGGAAAUAGAGAAGUAUCUGGAUCCAGACAUGUACUCCAUGAUGGAGGACAACUCUACAACCCUGAGGAGCAAAAAAUUCAACAAACUCACUAAAGCUAUCUGUGGUUUGAUUGAUGACUACAGCAUGGUGCGCUUCCUGCCCUUUGACCGCACAGAUGAGGAAGGCAUCAACAUUGUUCUACAGCACAUCGACUUCUCCAUUCAGUAUGGAGAGGACCUAGAGUUCAAGGAGCCGAAGGAGACUGAGGAGGAGCCUAGCAACACAAAUUAUGAUGAAUUCUUUCAAGACAAAGUGGAUUACUAGACACUUCAUCAUAGAAAUACAGCCUGUUUGACACAUAACAAGACUAAAAGUCACAGAGAUGCAGUGCUGAUGAAACGGGCACUCAGCAGCAGGGUGCUGUGACCCUCCCAGCCUGGAAGUGAAGAGCACCGCUGCAGGACAUGAGGAGGAAAUGUCGGGCAGUCUGAAGAGUCUGAAGUUCCUCAAGAAUCUAGUUUCUGUGCGUGUGGGUGUGUGUGCAUGUUUUCAAUACAGACUGCAUAAUUAUUAUUCUCCUAAUUUUAUUCUUCCUGUGUUUCCUGUCUGUUCCUACACUCUUUAAGUAUGGGAUGAUGCAUUCUUACAUUCUUAGAGCUGUAUAAUAAAUAUUUUUUCAAUAAAAUAUUUGUAAAAGUUUA